AAGGGCACUGAAAUAUGACUAAAGCCCGUAGUUUCUAAUGUAAAUUUUUUUAAUUUAAAAAAUUUGAUUAAAAUUUAAAAUUAACAAGUCUUUAGAGUUUAAGCAUUUAUUAGAUUUCAGGUAUUUUAAUUAUCAUAAAAAAACCAUAAGACAGGAGCAAUAUGGAACAAAUUUUUAAAUUUUUAAAAAUUAAAUGAUUUGGGGAACACCUGGCUGGCUCAGUAGGAAGAGCCUGCGACUCUUGAUGUUGUGGUUGUGAGUUCAAGCCCCAUAUGGGGUGUAGAGAUUACUUAAAUAAAUGAAACUUUUAAAAAAUUAAAUAAUUUGGUGUAUACUGUAACCUAGUGCAGUGUUUUUGUAUUCUUUCCGGAAGUGGGUAGAAUGUAGUAGGAUCCAAAUUUGAAUGUUAUUAAACAUUUGGGUUUUAUUUUAUUUUGAGGGGAUUAUUUUAAAUAUAAAGGUCCAUAGUAUUUUAAAACUGGAAGGAACUUUGGAGAUUAUUUCAUUCGAUUCUCUUAUUUUUUCAUAUGCGCUCUGGGGAGUAAGCAUUUUUGCCAAAGGUCAUUUCUUGGGUAGUAGCAUCUUAAUUUCCUAAUUCCAUUCUAAUAUAUAUUGAAUCAUGCGUGUCUUGUUUGUAGCUAAGGUAGGAGGUUGAUAAACUGGCUUGUGACUUUCUAAGAUUUGAAAAUGUUGGUUGAUUGAAUACAAAGAUAUAAACUUUGUGAACCUACUAUAUACUUUCUUGGAGUUUCAGGGAAAAUGAAAAAAUUAAAUCAGUUAUCACUUACUGCACCUUGCCCCAAUUGGACAGUGUUUUGGAAUAAAACUACAUCAAAAAGUUGAUUAAAUAAACAGUUUUGCUUUGUUUUUGAACAGUUGUAGGACAUCAACACUGGAGAUUCUAUAGCUAAGUACAGAUGAUUGGAAACUAGCUUUUAUACAGUAUUUGGAGAAAUACUAACUUUAUAUUUUGUGUAAGUGAAGGAGAAAUUUAAUGUAUUCUAAUUUUUCACGUUUAGAGAGGAUCUUUGGGUUGUAGCUGAUGUGAAUGGCUUGAAUAGCUUGAAAAAUGGAGACAUCCCAGUGGAUAUUAGUUUAUUAUUAGUGGUUUAGCACUGAAGGAACCAGAAUUUGUAAUUUGAACACCCUUGAUGAAUUGUUUUUUUAUCUUUUUAUUUGCCUACAACAUAAUGUAUUAAAAAAAGAACUAGGUAGAAUUUAUCCAGUACUUCAAAAGUUUUAUUGAAAGUGUUUAGUCUGCUGCAGUGUUUUGUUGUUUAAACCUUUCUCCAUUGAUCAGAAUUGUUCAUAAAGCAUCAUUCCCUUGUCUUUGGCAAAUCUUGCUCUGAUGAUUCAUUUUUCUGUUUUACAGAAUACAUCAUCAGAAUAUACCCAGAAGUUAUGUUUCUCUUAUUUAUGUGUAAUACAUAUGCAGAAAAAUUAACUAAUGGCUGAAGAGUAAACCAACAUGGCAACUAUGGUUCCACCAGUGAAACUGAAAUGGCUUGAACACCUGAACAGCUCCUGGAUUACAGAAGAUAGUGAAUCUAUUGCUACAAGAGAGGGAGUUGCUGUUCUGUAUUCUAAACUGGUCAGCAAUAAAGAAGUAGUACCUUUGCCCCAACAAGUUUUGUGCCUCAAAGGACCACAGUUGCCAGACUUUGAACGUGAGUCUCUUUCAAGUGAUGAGCAGGACCACUAUUUGGAUGCCCUUCUUAGCAGCCAGCUAGCACUAGCGAAGAUGGUAUGUUCAGAUUCCCCAUUUGCUGGGGCACUUCGAAAACGACUGCUUGUACUCCAGCGUGUCUUUUAUGCACUUUCGAAUAAAUACCAUGACAAAGGCAAAGUGAAACAGCAGCAGCAUUCUCCGGAGAGCAGCUCUGGUUCAGCAGAUGUCCAUUCUGUUAGUGAACGUCCCCGGUCAAGCACUGAUGCACUUAUAGAAAUGGGUGUUCGAACUGGUCUAAGUUUAUUAUUUGCACUUCUAAGACAAAGUUGGAUGAUGCCUGUGUCAGGACCUGGUCUUAGUCUUUGCAACGACGUUAUUCAUACUGCAAUUGAAGUUGUCAGCUCUUUGCCACCAUUAUCUUUAGCAAAUGAAAGCAAGAUUCCUCCAAUGGGUUUGGACUGCUUAUCACAAGUGACAACAUUUCUUAAAGGAGUAACUAUUCCCAAUUCUGGGGCAGACACUUUAGGUCGCAGAUUAGCUUCUGAGUUGCUGCUUGGUUUAGCAGCUCAGCGAGGCUCUUUGCGGUACCUUCUUGAAUGGAUAGAAAUGGCUUUGGGGGCUUCAGCGGUUGUAAAUUCCAUGGAGAAAAGCAAACUGCUAUCAAGCCAGGAAGGAAUGAUCAGCUUUGACUGCUUUAUGACUAUAUUAAUGCAGAUGAGGCGUUCUUUGGGUUCAUCUGCUGAUCGAAGUCAGUGGAGGGAACCAACCAGAACAUCUGAUGGCUUGUGCUCACUCUAUGAGGCAGCUUUAUGUCUCUUUGAAGAGGUUUGCAGAAUGGCUUCUGAUUACUCAAGAACGUGUGCUAGCCCAGAUAGCAUUCAGACUGGUGACACUCCCAUUGUCUCAGAAACCUGUGAGGUCUAUGUUUGGGGGAGCAAUAGCAGCCAUCAGUUGGUGGAAGGCACACAGGAGAAAAUAUUACAGCCCAAACUGGCUCCCAGUUUCUCUGAUGCUCAAACUAUUGAAGCUGGGCAAUACUGCACUUUUGUUAUUUCUACGGAUGGCUCUGUCAGAGCUUGUGGUAAAGGCAGCUAUGGAAGACUGGGCCUUGGAGAUUCUAAUAAUCAGUCCACUUUAAAGAAGUUAACAUUUGAACCUCACAGGUCCAUUAAAAAGGUUUCAUCUUCUAAAGGAUCUGAUGGUCACACUUUAGCUUUUACAACAGAAGGAGAAGUCUUCAGUUGGGGAGAUGGUGAUUAUGGGAAACUGGGACAUGGAAAUAGUUCAACACAGAAAUAUCCCAAGCUUAUUCAGGGCCCUCUGCAGGGAAAGGUAGUUGUUUGUGUGUCUGCUGGAUACAGACAUAGUGCUGCUGUCACAGAGGAUGGUGAAUUAUACACAUGGGGUGAAGGAGACUUUGGAAGAUUAGGUCAUGGUGACAGUAAUAGCCGUAACAUUCCAACAUUAGUGAAAGACAUUAGCAACGUAGGAGAGGUUUCUUGUGGCAGUUCACAUACUAUUGCUUUGUCUAAAGAUGGGAGAACUGUAUGGUCUUUUGGAGGAGGAGACAAUGGCAAACUCGGCCAUGGCGAUACUAACAGAGUGUAUAAGCCUAAAGUUGUUGAAGCUUUACAAGGAAUGUUCAUUCGCAAAGUUUGUGCUGGGAGCCAGUCUUCACUUGCUUUAACAUCAACAGGGCAGGUCUAUGCUUGGGGCUGUGGAGCUUGUCUGGGUUGUGGUUCUUCAGAAGCUACUGCUUUGAGACCCAAGCUUAUUGAAGAACUGGCUGCCACAAGAAUAGUUGAUAUUUCUAUUGGAGACAGUCAUUGUUUGGCUCUUUCUCACGAUAAUGAAGUUUAUGCCUGGGGCAAUAAUUCGAUGGGGCAGUGUGGCCAAGGAAAUUCCACAGGUCCUAUUACUAAACCAAAGAAAGUGAGUGGCUUAGAUGGCAUAGCUAUUCAGCAGAUUUCUGCUGGAACAUCACAUAGUCUGGCAUGGACUGCUCUUCCUAGGGAUAGACAAGUUGUUGCGUGGCACCGACCUUAUUGUGUAGAUCUUGAAGAGAGUACCUUCUCACACCUGCGUUCUUUUCUUGAGAGAUACUGUGAUAAAAUAAACAGUGAGAUUCCCCCACUCCCUUUCCCUUCAUCAAGGGAACACCACAGUUUCCUCAAGCUGUGCCUGAAGCUGCUUUCAAAUCACCUUGCUCUUGCGCUUGCGGGAGGGGUGGCUACCAGCAUUCUUGGGAGACAGGCAGGUCCACUUCGAAAUUUGCUCUUCAGACUGAUGGAUUCAACUGUCCCAGAUGAAAUUCAAGAGGUGGUAAUUGAAACUCUGUCAGUGGGAGCAACCAUGCUAUUACCACCAUUACGAGAACGUAUGGAGUUACUUCAUUCUCUUUUGCCCCAAGGACCUGAUAGAUGGGAAAGCUUAUCUAAAGGACAGAGAAUGCAACUGGAUAUCAUUCUGACAAGUUUACAAGAUCAUACCCAUGUAGCUUCCUUACUUGGCUAUAGCUCACCUUCUGAUGCUGCUGACCUCUCUUCUGUUUGUACUGGCUAUGGAAACCUGUCAGAUCAACCUUAUGGCACUCAGAGCUGCCAUCCAGACACUCAUCUGGCUGAAAUUUUGAUGAAAACUCUCUUAAGAAAUUUAGGAUUUUAUACAGAUCAAGCAUUUGGAGAGCUAGAAAAGAAUAGUGAUAAAUUUCUACUUGGAACAUCAUCUUCGGAAAACAGUCAGCCUGCUCAUCUUCAUGAACUCCUGUGUUCACUGCAGAAACAACUGCUGGCAUUUUGCCAUAUCAAUAACAUUAGUGAGAACUCAAGCAGCGUGGCAUUGCUUCAUAAACACCUUCAGCUCUUGUUGCCUCAUGCCACGGAUAUUUAUUCACGUUCGGCAAAUUUGCUCAAAGAAAGUCCUUGGAAUGGCAGUGUUGGAGAAAAAUUAAGAGAUGUGAUAUACGUCUCAGCUGCAGGGAGUAUGCUCUGCCAGAUUGUUAACUCCCUACUGUUGCUCCCUGUGUCGGUGGCACGGCCUCUCUUGAGUUACCUCCUCGACUUGUUGCCACCUCUUGAUUGCCUUAACAGACUCCUGCCAGCUGCUGCUCUUUUAGAAGACCAAGAGUUACAGUGGCCUCUUCAUGGAGGACCAGAACUGAUUGAUCCUGCCGGCAUGCCCAUACCUCAGCCAGCUCAGUCCUGGGUGUGGCUUGUGGAUCUGGAAAGAACGAUUGCUCUCCUUAUUGGGCGGUGUCUUGGUGGUAUGCUUCAGGGCUCCCCUGUGUCUCCAGAGGAACAGGACACCGCAUAUUGGAUGAAAACACCACUUUUUAGUGAUGGUGUAGAAAUGGACACCCCUCAGCUAGAUAAAUGUAUGAGUUGCCUGCUAGAAGUAGCUCUUUCGGGAAAUGAAGAACAGAAGCCUUUUGAUUAUAAACUGCGGCCUGAAAUUGCUGUCUAUGUAGACUUGGCAUUGGGUUGUUCAAAAGAGCCUGCUCGAAGUCUUUGGAUCAGCAUGCAGGAUUAUGCUGUUAGUAAAGAUUGGGACAGUGCAACUUUAAGCAACGAGUCACUCUUGGACACUGUGUCUAGAUUUGUUCUUGCAGCCCUUCUGAAACAUACAAAUUUACUUAGCCAAGCAUGUGGAGAAAGCCGAUAUCAGCCUGGUAAAAGCUUGUCAGAAGUGUACCGUUGUGUGUACAAAGUUCGAAGUCGUUUACUUGCUUGCAAGAACCUUGAACUUAUUCAGACCAGGUCAUCAUCACGAGACAGAUGGAUCUCGGAAAACCAGGACUCUGCAGAUGUUGAUCCUCAGGAGCAUUCGUUUACCCGGACCAUUGAUGAAGAAGCUGAAAUGGAAGAACAGGCUGAGCGAGACCGGGAAGAGGGGCAUCCCGAGCCGGAGGAUGAAGAAGAAGAACGGGAACAUGAAGUGAUGACAGCUGGCAACCUUGUUUUUGUGUUGCAUGUUACAGAAAUCUUUCAGUGUUUCCUCUCAGCCCGUGAAGUAGCUCGUAGCCGAGAUCGAGAUAGAAUGAACAGUGGGGCAGGGUCUGGGGCUCGAGCUGAUGAUCCACCUCCCCAGUCUCAGCAAGAGCGAAGGGUCAGCACAGACCUUCCUGAGGGCCAGGAUGUGUACACCGCUGCCUGCAACUCUGUGAUCCAUCGGUGUGCCCUGUUAAUAUUAGGAGUAAGUCCUGUGAUUGAGGAGCUUCAGAAGCGGAAGGAAGAAGGACAGUUGCAGCAGCCUUCAACAAGUGCCUCUGAAGGGGGUGGACUUAUGACCAGGAGUGAAAGUCUUACUGCAGAGAGCCGGCUAGUCCAUGCAAGUCCAAAUUAUAGACUGAUCAAAUCGAGGAGUGAAUCUGAUUUGUCUCAGCCUGAAUCAGAUGAAGAGGGUUACGCACUGAGUGGAAGACGAAAUGUUGAUUUGGAUUUGGCAUCAUCUCAUAGAAAGAGAGGUCCUAUGCACAGUCAAUUGGAAUCCUUGAGUGACUCUUGGGCUCGCCUGAAACAUAGCAGAGACUGGUUAUGCAACUCCUCUUACUCCUUUGAGUCUGAUUUUGAUCUUACCAAGUCUUUGGGAGUUCACACUUUGAUCGAAAAUGUUGUAAGCUUUGUGAGUGGAGAUGUGGGGAAUGCUCCAGGUUUUAAAGAGCCAGAAGAAAGUAUGUCUACGAGUCCCCAGGCCUCUAUCAUUGCAAUGGAACAGCAGCAGUUAAGGGCAGAACUACGUUUAGAAGCACUUCACCAGAUCCUCGUUCUGUUGUCUGGGAUGGAGGAAAAAGGAAACAUCUCUCUGACAGGAAGCAGAUCAAACUUGGGCUUCCAGUCAUCCACACUGCUCACGUCUGUGAGGCUGCAGUUUCUAGCAGGGUGUUUUGGUUUAGGCACUGUGGGACAUGCAGGAGCCAAAGGAGAGAGUGGCCGAUUGCAUCACUAUCAGGAUGGGAUCAGAGCAGCUAAAAGAAAUAUUCAGAUUGAAAUCCAGGUGGCUGUGCAUAAGAUUUAUCAACAGUUGUCUGCUACCCUAGAGAGAGCUCUACAGGCAAAUAAGCAUCACAUUGAAGCCCAGCAACGUCUCCUUUUGGUUACAGUUUUUGCUCUGAGCGUUCACUAUCAACCAGUGGAUGUUUCUUUGGCAAUUUCCACUGGUCUGCUAAACGUAUUGUCGCAGUUAUGUGGUACAGACACCAUGCUGGGACAGCCUCUGCAGUUACUGCCAAAGACGGGUGUUUCUCAGCUUAGUACGGCUUUAAAAGUGGCUAGUACAAGAUUGCUCCAAAUUCUAGCUAUCACUACAGGGACUUACGCUGAUAAACUGAGCCCCAAAGUAGUUCAGUCCUUGUUGGAUCUACUCUGUAGUCAGUUGAAGAAUUUGUUGUCCCAAGCUGGUGUACUACUUAUGGCCUCUUUUGGAGAAGGGGAAGGAGAAGAGGGUGAAGAAGAAGAAAGAAAAGUUGACUCCAGUGGAGAAACUGAGAAGAGAGAUUUCAGAGCUGCUCUUAGGAAACAACAUGCAGCAGAACUGCAUCUGGGGGAUUUUUUAGUUUUUCUUCGCAGAGUUGUAUCUUCAAAAGCAAUUCAAUCAAAAAUGGCUUCCCCAAAAUGGACAGAGGUGCUUCUAAACAUAGCAUCUCAGAAGUGUUCUUCAGGUAUUCCUCUCGUUGGUAACCUAAGAACAAGGCUCCUUGCACUUCAUGUCCUUGAGGCUGUGCUACCAGCUUGUGAAUCUGGCGUAGAAGAUGAUCAAAUGGCUCAGGUUGUUGAACGCCUCUUUUCCCUUCUGUCAGACUGUAUGUGGGAGACACCCAUUGCUCAGGCCAAACAUGCUAUUCAGAUAAAGGAAAAAGAACAAGAAAUAAAGUUACAGAAGCAGGGAGAGUUAGAGGAAGAAGAUGAGAAUCUUCCUAUACAAGAAGUAUCCUUUGAUCCAGAGAAAGCUCAGUGUUGUCUAGUGGAGAAUGGACAGAUUUUAACUCAUGGCAGUGGAGGAAAAGGAUAUGGAUUGGCAUCAACUGGAGUAACUUCUGGAUGCUAUCAGUGGAAGUUUUACAUUGUGAAGGAAAACAGAGGUAAUGAAGGCACGUGUGUUGGAGUUUCUCGCUGGCCAGUACAUGACUUUAACCACCGUACUACCUCCGAUAUGUGGCUGUACCGGGCCUACAGUGGUAACCUCUAUCACAAUGGAGAACAGACUCUGACGUUGUCCAGUUUUACUCAAGGAGAUUUCAUUACCUGUGUGUUAGACAUGGAAGCCAGAACCAUUUCCUUUGGGAAAAAUGGAGAGGAACCCAAAUUGGCUUUUGAAGAUGUGGACGCGGCAGAGUUAUACCCGUGUGUAAUGUUCUAUAGUAGCAACCCAGGGGAGAAGGUGAAAAUUUGUGAUAUGCAAAUGCGUGGCACGCCACGAGACUUACUUCCAGGAGACCCUAUUUGUAGUCCAGUAGCAGCAGUGCUGGCGGAGGCCACUAUUCAGCUUAUCCGUAUCCUUCACCGAACAGACCGUUGGACUUACUGCAUUAACAAAAAAAUGAUGGAAAGGCUGCAUAAAAUUAAGAUAUGUAUUAAAGAGUCAGGUCAGAAGCUAAAGAAAAGCCGCUCGGUUCAAAGCCGAGAGGAAAAUGAAAUGAGAGAGGAGAAGGAAAGCAAAGAGGAAGAGAAAGGUAAACAUAAUAGACAUGGCCUUGCUGACCUCUCAGAGCCGCAGCUGAGGACCCUUUGCAUAGAGGUGUGGCCUGUGCUGGCAGUGAUAGGAGGAGUUGAUGCUGGUCUUAGAGUUGGAGGUCGGUGUGUUCACAAGCAAACUGGGCGCCAUGCCACGCUGCUGGGAGUGGUCAAAGAGGGCAGCACGUCUGCUAAGGUCCAAUGGGAUGAAGCAGAAAUUACCAUCAGCUUCCCAACUUUUUGGUCGCCUAGUGAUACUCCAUUGUAUAAUCUGGAGCCCUGUGAACCAUUGCCUUUUGAUGUGGCGCGAUUCCGAGGCCUGACGGCUUCUGUAUUGCUGGACCUCACAUAUCUGACUGGUAUUCAUGAAGACAUGGGCAAACAGAGCACCAAGCGACAUGAAAAGAAACACCGACAUGAGUCUGAGGAGAAAGGAGAUGUUGAGCAGAAAACCGAGAAUGAAUCUGCUUUAGAUACGCGAACAGGCUUAACAUCUGAUGAUGUCAAAAAUCAGGGUACCACAGCCUCCAAAUCCGAAAACGAAAUAGCUUCAUUUUCUUUAGACCCAACACUGCCAAGUGUGGAAUCCCAACAUCAGAUAACAGAAGGAAAAAGAAGAAAUCACGAACACAUAUCCAAAAACCAUGACAUAGCCCAAUCAGAAAUCAGAGCAGUCCAACUGUCCUAUCUCUACCUCGGUGCUAUGAAAUCACUUAGUGCUCUUCUUGGCUGUAGUAAAUAUGCUGAGCUGUUGCUGAUACCAAAAGUUCUGGCUGAAAAUGGCCAUAACUCAGACUGUGCAAGCUCUCCAGUUGUUCAUGAAGAUGUGGAGAUGCGAGCAGCCUUGCAGUUCCUGAUGCGACACAUGGUGAAGCGAGCCGUCAUGCGGUCGCCCAUAAAGAGAGCGUUGGGAUUAGCUGAUCUGGAACGAGCUCAAGCCAUGAUCUACAAAUUAGUGGUCCAUGGGCUCCUGGAAGACCAGUUUGGGGGCAAAAUUAAGCAAGAGAUUGAUCAACAAGCUGAAGAAAGUGACCAAGCCCAGCAGGCACAAACACCAGUUACCACUAGCCCAUCAGCCUCGAGCACAACUUCCUUUAUGAGCAGCUCGCUGGAAGACACCACAACUGCCACCACUCCAGUCACUGACACAGAAACAGUACCUGCAUCUGAAUCCCCAGGAGUGAUGCCACUUAGUCUUCUCAGGCAAAUGUUCUCUAGUUACCCAACUACCACUGUACUUCCCACACGUCGUGCACAGACUCCUCCAAUAUCAUCAUUACCAACCUCUCCUUCUGAUGAAGUAGGAAGAAGGCAAAGCUUAACUUCUCCUGAUUCCCAGUCAGCAAGGCCAGCUAACCGCACAGCCUUGUCAGACCCAAGCAGCAGACUUUCAACUUCUCCUCCUCCUCCAGCAAUUGCAGUACCCUUGCUGGAGAUGGGGUUCUCUCUCCGGCAGAUUGCCAAAGCCAUGGAAGCCACAGGUGCUCGAGGAGAGGCUGAUGCCCAGAACAUCACUGUCCUUGCCAUGUGGAUGAUAGAGCACCCUGGGCAUGAGGAUGAGGAGGAACCCCAGCCAGGCAGCACAGCUGACUCAAGACACGGAGCAGCUGUCCUAGGCAGUGGUGGGAAAUCAAAUGAUCCCUGUUAUUUGCAGUCACCAGGAGACAUACCAUCAGCUGAUGCUGCUGAAAUGGAAGAAGGCUUUAGUGAAAGCGCUGAUAAUCUGGACCAUGCAGAGAAUGCAGCUUCUGGAAGUGGACCACCAGCUAGGGGUCGCUCAGCAGUAACAAGAAGGCACAAGUUUGAUUUAGCUGCUCGCACAUUGCUAGCAAGAGCAGCGGGGUUAUACCGCUCUGUGCAGGCCCACAGGAAUCAAAGUCGGAGAGAAGGAAUAUCUUUGCAACAAGACCCAGGGGCGUUGUAUGACUUUAAUUUAGAUGAGGAAUUGGAAAUUGAUCUUGAUGAUGAAGCAAUGGAAGCUAUGUUUGGACAAGACCUGACCAGUGACAAUGAUAUUCUGGGAAUGUGGAUCCCAGAGGUACUGGAUUGGCCUACCUGGCAUGUUUGUGAGUCUGAAGACAGGGAAGAAGUGGUGGUGUGUGAACUGUGUGAGUGCAGUGUCGUCAGCUUCAACCAGCACAUGAAGAGAAAUCACCCAGGCUGUGGGCGCAGUGCAAACCGCCAGGGCUAUCGCAGCAACGGCUCCUAUGUGGAUGGCUGGUUCGGUGGUGAAUGUGGGAGUGGAAAUCCAUACUACCUGCUCUGCGGCAGCUGCAGGGAAAAGUACUUAGCCCUGAAGACCAAAUCCAAGACAACAAGUUCUGAAAGGUACAAGGGACAAGCUCCAGAUCUAAUUGGCAAGCAGGACAGUGUGUAUGAAGAAGACUGGGACAUGUUAGAUGUUGAUGAAGAUGAAAAGCUAACAGGUGAAGAAGAAUUUGAAUUACUUGCUGGACCACUUGGUUUAAACGACCGACGCAUUGUACCAGAACCAGUUCAGUUCCCUGACAGUGAUCCCUUGGGAGCAUCAGUAGCAAUGGUAACAGCUACCAACAAUAUGGAAGAGACUCUAAUGCAAAUAGGUUGCCAUGGCUCUGUAGAAAAGAGUUCCUCUGGAAGAAUAACACUAGGUGAGCAGGCCGCUGCCUUAGCAAACCCUCAUGACCGGGUGGUGGCUUUAAGGAGAGUGACUGCUGCUGCUCAGGUUCUUCUGGCAAGAACCAUGGUAAUGAGAGCUCUGUCUCUUCUCUCGGUCAGUGGUUCCAGCUGUAGCCUGGCUGCUGGCCUGGAAUCUCUGGGGCUUACAGAUAUCCGAACACUGGUUCGGUUAAUGUGCUUGGCCGCAGCAGGGAGAGCUGGCCUUUCUACCAGCCCUUCUGCCAUGGCAAGCACCUCAGAACGCUCACGAGGCGGGCACAGCAAGGCCAGUAAGCCCAUCUCUUGCCUGGCCUAUCUGAGCACAGCAGUGGGAUGUCUGGCAUCAAACACUCCUAGUGCUGCCAAACUCCUGGUGCAGUUGUGUACACAGAACUUGAUUUCUGCUGCAACAGGUGUAAAUCUAACCACGGUCGAUGAUCCAAUUCAGCGAAAGUUUCUACCCAGCUUUCUCCGAGGAAUUGCUGAAGAGAAUAAGCUUGUAACCUCCCCAAACUUUGUUGUAACUCAGGCCCUUGUGGCAUUACUAGCAGACAAGGGGGCCAAACUGAGACCUAACUAUGAUAAAUCUGAAGUUGAAAAGAAAGGUUUAACUGCCCAAUUGUAUGCCCAUCCUUCCUAUGAUCCUUCUGCUGUAGGCCCUCUGGAGCUGGCUAAUGCCCUGGCAGCCUGCUGCCUCUCCUCCAGGCUGUCCUCACAGCAUAGGCAAUGGGCUGCUCAACAGCUUGUGCGCACUCUUGCUGCACAUGACCGCGACAACCAAACUACUCCCCAAACACUCGCUGAUAUGGGAGGAGAUCUCAGGAAAUGCUCCUUUAUCAAGUUGGAGGCUCAUCAAAACAGAGUGAUGACUUGUGUUUGGUGUAAUAAAAAAGGACUUUUGGCUACAAGUGGCAAUGAUGGUACCAUCCGGGUAUGGAAUGUUACUAAGAAGCAAUAUUCACUGCAACAAACCUGUGUGUUCAACAGAUUAGAAGGAGAUGCUGAGGAGAGCCUGGGGUCACCCAGUGAUCCAAGUUUCUCACCUGUUUCCUGGAGUAUCAGUGGCAAAUAUCUAGCUGGGGCCUUGGAAAAGAUGGUGAAUAUUUGGCAAGUUAAUGGAGGUAAAGGAUUAGUAGAUAUUCAGCCUCAUUGGGUAUCUGCCCUGGCUUGGCCAGAAGAGGGUCCGGCUACAGCCUGGUCAGGAGAGUCUCCAGAAUUAUUGUUGGUGGGACGGAUGGAUGGCUCUCUAGGACUGAUAGAAGUUGUUGAUGUAUCCACUAUGCACCGUCGAGAAUUGGAACAUUGCUAUCGAAAAGAUGUGUCUGUAACUUGCAUUGCUUGGUUCAGUGAAGACAGACCAUUUGCGGUAGGAUUUUUUGAUGGAAAAUUGUUACUGGGAACGAAGGAACCACUUGAGAAAGGAGGCAUUGUUCUAAUUGAUGCACAUAAGGAUACUCUUGUUAGUAUGAAGUGGGACCCAACAGGUCAUAUUCUUAUGACAUGUGCCAAAGAGGAAAAUGUGAAACUCUGGGGGCCUAUUUCAGGAUGCUGGCGCUGUCUACAUUCACUCUGCCAUCCAUCUAUUGUAAAUGGCAUUGCUUGGUGCAGCCUCCCAGGGAAAGGAUCCAAAUUGCAUUUACUGAUGGCUACUGGCUGUCAGAGUGGCUUGGUAUGUGUUUGGCGUAUUCCACAAGAUACCACACAGACCAGUGUGACUAGUUCAGAAGGAUGGUGGGACCAGGAGCCAAAUUGCCAGGAUGGAUAUAGGAAAUCAGCCGGAGCCAAAUGUGUUUAUCAGCUGCGGGGACACAUCACCCCUGUCCGGACUGUUGCCUUUAGUUCUGAUGGGUUGGCCCUCGUGUCUGGUGGACUAGGUGGGCUCAUGAACAUUUGGUCUUUAAGGGAUGGCUCUGUCUUGCAAACUGUAGUGAUAGGCUCUGGAGCUAUUCAGACCACAGUAUGGAUUCCAGAUGUUGGGGUAGCUGCUUGCUCAAAUAGAUCGAAGGAUGUUUUGGUCGUGAAUUGUACAGCAGAAUGGGCUGCCGCCAAUCAUGUUUUAGCAACCUGUAGGACAGCACUGAAACAGCAGGGUGUUCUGGGAUUAAAUAUGGCUCCCUGCAUGAGAGCAUUUCUGGAGCGGCUACCCAUGAUGCUUCAGGAGCAGUAUGCCUAUGAAAAGCCUCAUGUGGUUUGUGGCGAUCAGCUUGUUCAUAGCCCCUAUAUGCAAUGUCUGGCUUCCCUCGCUGUGGGACUGCAUUUGGAUCAGCUGUUAUGUAACCCUCCAGUGCCACCACACCACCAGAACUGCCUCCCUGACGCAGCAUCCUGGAAUCCAAAUGAGUGGGCCUGGUUAGAAUGUUUCUCAACCACCAUAAAAGCUGCUGAAGCCCUGACCAAUGGAGCACAAUUUCCAGAAUCUUUUACCGUUCCUGAUCUAGAGCCUGUUCCAGAGGAUGAGCUUACAUUCCUAAUGGAUAACAGUAAAUGGAUUAAUGGCAUGGAUGAACAAAUUAUGUCUUGGGCAACAUCCAGACCUGAGGACUGGCACUUGGGAGGUAAAUGUGAUGUCUACCUGUGGGGUGCUGGCAGGCAUGGACAGCUUGCAGAAGCUGGAAGAAAUGUUAUGGUACCUGCAGCAGCUCCCUCAUUCUCACAGGCCCAACAGGUCAUAUGUGGUCAGAAUUGUACCUUUGUCAUCCAGGCCAAUGGCACAGUGUUGGCUUGUGGGGAAGGAAGUUAUGGCAGAUUGGGGCAAGGAAAUUCAGAUGACCUUCAUGUGCUGACAGUUAUUUCAGCCUUACAAGGAUUUGUGGUGACCCAGCUGGUGACAUCUUGUGGUUCUGAUGGUCACUCAAUGGCCCUGACUGAAAGUGGUGAGGUCUUUAGCUGGGGAGAUGGCGAUUAUGGCAAACUCGGCCAUGGGAACAGCGACAGGCAGCGGCGCCCCAGGCAGAUCGAGGCCUUACAAGGAGAAGAAGUGGUGCAGAUGUCUUGUGGCUUCAAGCACUCAGCAGUGGUAACUUCAGACGGCAAACUGUUCACUUUUGGGAAUGGUGACUACGGUCGUCUGGGUCUUGGAAACACCUCUAACAAAAAACUACCAGAGAGAGUGACUGCACUGGAGGGAUAUCAGAUUGGACAGGUGGCUUGUGGUUUAAACCACACUUUGGCAGUAUCAGCAGAUGGCUCCAUGGUGUGGGCUUUUGGAGACGGGGACUAUGGAAAACUAGGCUUAGGAAAUUCCACUGCAAAAUCUUCCCCUCAGAAAGUUGAUGUCCUUUGUGGAAUUGGAAUAAAAAAGGUUGCUUGUGGAACUCAGUUUUCUGUUGCAUUAACCAAAGAUGGUCAUGUGUAUACCUUUGGUCAAGAUCGCUUGAUAGGCUUGCCAGAGGGGCGUGCUCGCAAUCAUAACCGACCACAGCAGAUCCCUGUGCUGGCUGGAGUGGUCAUCGAAGAUGUGGCGGUUGGAGCUGAGCACACUCUUGCUUUGGCAUCAACUGGAGAUGUGUAUGCCUGGGGGAGCAAUUCAGAAGGGCAGCUUGGCUUAGGCCACACCAACCAUGUUCGAGAACCAACCCUGGUAACAGUCCUGCAAGGGAAAAAUGUCCGGCAGAUCUCAGCUGGCCGCUGCCACAGUGCUGCAUGGACAGCGCCACCUGUCCCGCCAAGAGCACCCGGUGUGUCGGUACCUCUGCAGCUGGGCCUGCCCGAUGCGGUCCCCCCCCAGUAUGGGGCGCUGAGGGAGGUGAGCAUUCACACUGCGAGGGCCAGGCUCCGGCUGCUCUACCAUUUCUCUGACCUCAUGUACUCAUCCUGGAGGCUACUGAACCUCAGCCCCAACAACCAGAACAGUACAUCUCAUUAUAAUGCUGGAACAUGGGGCAUUGUACAGGGACAGCUUCGGCCUUUGUUAGCUCCAAGGGUCUACACCCUGCCAAUGGUGCGCUCCAUAGGGAAAACCAUGGUUCAAGGCAAAAACUAUGGACCUCAAAUUACUGUGAAGAGGAUAUCAACCAGAGGACGGAAGUGUAAGCCCAUCUUUGUCCAGAUAGCAAGACAAGUAGUUAAGCUGAAUGCAUCAGACCUCCGUCUGCCCUCACGAGCGUGGAAGGUUAAGCUGGUUGGUGAAGGGGCGGAUGAUGCUGGGGGAGUGUUUGAUGACACGAUCACAGAGAUGUGCCAGGAACUUGAAACUGGUAUUGUUGACCUUCUUAUACCCUCUCCCAAUGCUACUGCAGAAGUGGGCUACAAUAGGGAUAGGUUCCUUUUUAACCCCUCUGCCUGCCUUGACGAACACUUAAUGCAGUUUAAGUUCUUAGGGAUCUUGAUGGGGGUUGCCAUUCGCACAAAGAAGCCUCUGGACCUCCACUUGGCCCCUUUGGUGUGGAAGCAGCUGUGCUGUGUCCCACUCACCCUAGAAGACCUGGAGGAGGUGGAUCUGCUCUACGUGCAGACCCUCAACAGCAUUCUUCACAUUGAAGACAGUGGGAUUACCGAGGAAAGUUUCCAUGAGAUGAUUCCUCUUGAUUCUUUUGUUGGCCAAAGUGCUGAUGGCAAAAUGGUUCCCAUAAUCCCUGGUGGAAAUAGUAUCCCACUGACAUUUUCCAACAGGAAGGAGUAUGUGGAGAGGGCCAUUGAAUAUCGACUUCAUGAGAUGGACCGACAGGUGGCUGCAGUCCGAGAAGGGAUGUCCUGGAUCGUCCCUGUGCCGCUGCUGUCCCUCCUCACGGCAAAGCAGCUGGAGCAGAUGGUGUGUGGGAUGCCCGAGAUCUCCGUGGAAGUUCUGAAGAAAGUGGUGCGGUACCGGGAGGUGGACGAGCAGCACCAGCUGGUGCAGUGGUUCUGGCACACGCUGGAGGAGUUCUCGAACGAGGAGCGGGUGCUUUUCAUGAGGUUUGUGUCUGGAAGAUCUCGACUACCAGCCAACACUGCUGACAUUUCUCAGAGAUUUCAAAUCAUGAAGGUUGAUAGGCCUUAUGACAGUCUGCCUACCUCACAGACCUGCUUCUUCCAGCUGCGGCUGCCCCCCUACUCCAGCCAGCUGGUCAUGGCCGAGCGCCUGCGCUAUGCCAUCAACAACUGCCGCUCCAUCGACAUGGACAACUACAUGCUCUCGCGGAACGUGGACAACGCUGAGGGCUCCGACACCGACUACUGACCGCGCGGGGGGGCCACCAGCCCCUUUUCUCAGUGAUGCUCACUUCCAGUUUCAUGUGGAUACACUUUUAUGGUAACUACAUAGAUGUUUUAGGAACAUAAACCGACAUUACAAACAGUGGCCACAUUUAGUUACUCUAAAUGUAACAAAGAAAUUAGAUGUUUUUAUUUUUCUGUGAUUGUACAAAAAAAAAAAAAAAAAAGACAAAGUGCUCUCAGUCAGGUUUUUCCCUCCACAUUUUUGGUCACUUUUGAUAAGUUUGCAUGGAACCAUUUUGGUGCAUUUUUAGUUGGGAAUGGUACAUUUUUGUAAACCCACCCAGUGAACAUGAAAUUGUACAUUGUGUAUAAUUGUUCAUUAGAAAGGACAGUUUUACAUGAAUAUUCAUAUAUUUAUUUUGUUUUAAUUUGAAUUGCCUGUGCAGGGUUCCUUAUGCAGAGAAAUAAAGCCGAUGCAGGAA